AUGUUUAGCAGACUCUUUGGGAAGCCCAAGACAGAGUCCAAUGCCCUCGCCACGCUGGACAAGAUGAACGAGGUACCAAGUCCGCUUCUGAUUCCGAAGGGUGUCCUCUUGAUGUUUUCUAUUGUGCUGAUUCUUCUCCGUUUUGUUGUCUCUCUAUCGGUUGUUUAUCGGUUGCCAUGCUCCUAGUCUAGACCGAAGUUUUAUUUGUUCUUGAAGAUGGAGAUGUUCUUGUUUCUUAAUUAUUUAAAUUUUAUUAGAAAAUUUAAAUUAAAUGGAAUCCUUCCUGUUGCCUGACGAUGGGUGGCAAUGAGAAAAAAUGGGAACCGAUUACCGAACCGUUAAAUUGUUGAUUAGGGGGUUUACAGCUUUUUCUGCUUCAUUAACAUCAUUCUAGAUACUCAUUCUACAUUCUGGAGGAAAGGGAGGAAACCACACCUUGAGACCUUGUGAGGAAAGCUAAACUGAAAUUAGAGGUUUCGCACGAGUUUCAUGGUAGAAAACUUAUGAAACCUACGUUUCCAUUGUGGAAAUAUUCAGAUGAAUCACUUGUGGAAAGGCUAGGAAGGGGAUUGGGUACCGAGAAGGCCUGGUAAGGCCUGGUUUAUCUUUUUAACGUAGAGAAAGAGAAAUACUUUAAAAGAUUUAAAUACAGCCUUGUAGGGGCGUGCUUCUUCUAACGUGGAAGGGCAUGAAUAUUUUCUUUGGGUUUACUGUUAUGGCGAGGACUUUUUGGCGUAAUGUGUCUGACUUACAAACAGUUGGGAAUUAUCAGAAGGCAUGCAUGUGAAUUUCUCUGUUUCCUUCUUAGAUGAUGGAAUUAAACUACCUAAUAUUGAAACAAAGCGAAAAGCACGAAGGUCAAGCCAAUCAAACUGACUUAAUGGUAGUUCAAAAUACAUGUACUCUGUGUGAGAGGAAUGAAUCUAUAUUAGGCCUAACCUUGUGGAUCUCAAGGACAGAAACAAUGAAAGGUUUUGCAGGAUAUGACUGUAGAUCUCAAGUCCUCUAUCCCACUGUACAAUUGCUCCGUUGACAGGAGUUCACAUUUUUUGAAAAUAAGCUCUCAACGAGUAGCAUGUCCUGGGAGAUGAAUACAUGUAGCAUGUACAUGGCUGUGUCCCUUCUUUCCUGGGAAAUUUAUUAACUGCUAGGUUAAGUUUAGCUGAUGAUGAGGAAACUCUGUCGACAUUUUGAAGUGUGUCAUUAUUCUUGUUAUCCUUGUGAUGUUUUUUAGGUCAUAAGCAUGUAAUAUGGUGGGCGGUAUGAAUCUCUUGUGAUGUAGAUGGUGUUUAAUAUCUGCAGAGGCUACAAAACAAGUACCUUCUAUGAUGACUGCAGACAUUUUGAGUUCAAAUGCAGAAAUCGAGUCAUGCUUUUAAUGCGUUCCUUCAUCCUCCUGUAUAUAAGUUUGUUAGAACUAGUGGUUUUACAAUUUUUUGUGAAAGAAUUAUCUUUAUUUUAUAAUUUAAAAGAAUAAUUCUUCUAAAAUUCUGUUAUCAAUCUUUGAUGUUCUAUUAUCCCGUUCUGUCACACUGUCAGUGCUGUCGUUCAAACGUGUGCUUCUAAAUGUAUAUCAAUUCUCUGAAAAUUAUAUUCUCUUAGAUCCUAAAUAUCGGUAUUCCUUUUGUUCUUUCAAAUGAAAUAUUGAAAGUAAUUGGACUUACGUUUUACUGAAUGCAUUUGCAGACACUUGAAUUGUUAGAGAAAAGGGAGAAUUUUCUUUUGAAACAGGUUGCUGCCGAAGUUGAAAAGGCAAAGGGGUUUGCGAGUGCAAAGAAUAAAAGGGGUAUUCUUCAAAUCAUGUCACUGGAUUUAUUUAUGUAAUACCUUUUUGCGUACAUUGCGUUUUUAUUUGUCUUACCACAUAUGCUUCAUUGUUGGGACCUGAAAAACACUCUUAAUACCAUGUUUCCAUGUAAAAUCUGGCACUUUUUGCGUUUGUACUGAUUGACUGGGGAAAUACUAGGCUGAAAUUUAUUGCUGUUCUUUACCCUGAAAGUCUAGAAAGACUAGGAUUUUUACUCUUGAUGUUUUGAAAGGUUUAAAUAAUAGAAUGCUGUCAAUCUUUCAGUCAAGUGUUUCGUGCAGGAAAUCUGUGAGAUCUUUUGAUGACAAUUUUUUUAAAAUUUUUAAUGAACUAUUGUAUGUGUUCUGCUGCAUGUAGCAUUGACUGUGUGAAUCAUAUACAAUGCUUACGCCGCUAAUUAUACUAUCUGAUCCUAUCUGUGAUGAUGUACUGUGGGAUGUCAUGUGACAUAUGAUUGUUUGGACUGAAUUAAUCAUUUAGAUUGGACAUGUAUAGCAUUUUUAGCUAGUAAACAAAAAUCUUAAAUUAAAGUAGUAUGGGCUUCGUUCAUAGCACUCAAGAUGCUGGUUGUCUUCCAUCAUAGUAAGAAGGGGAUCUAGAAACUUGUGGCACCUUUGUGGUUGCAAAUAUGAACAAACAUUGAUGUCCGCGAAUGCCAAUGUUCUUGCACAUCUAUUACUUUUCACAGAUUAUAUAUUAUUCAAUAUUUAUUUAAUUCAUGUCUAAUAUUUUUGCCACCGUAGAUUAUUUCUCUUACUUUUUUUUAAGUUUAUAUUCUUCUAGUGAGCCCUAUGUGACUGAUUGAAUAAUAAAUGUAUACUUUCUCUUGAAGCUAUAAUAUACUUUAGACUUGGCGUCCAUUUGUGCCUUGCCAUGUCAUUUAGGGGGUAUUGUAGCAGAUUAUCACCUUAGUUGCCUUGAAAGCAUGCGUUCUAUUGACCCACCAAUGUGAUAUUUUUCAACAUUGGUUGCUACAAAAAAAAGAAAGGUUGCUGUAUGAAUACUCAUGUUCUCUACAUUGGUAUAUAUUUUUGGCAAGAUGCAUGUCGACAGAAUUGGAAACGAAAUAACGGAUGGAACUGUAUGAUGUCCCCAGAGAAGACUAAUAAUGACGCCAAUGACUUUGAGGUUUUUAGACUUGUCAAUCGUAGAGUAGGGACUUCGGAACUAACUUGAACCCCUUUGGAGCAACUUGGAUGACGGAGAGGAAGUAAAAGUGUUCGGGUGAUGAGAGAUGUUAUGCUCAGCAAUUGUGACUGAGAAGCUGAUUUAACUAGAAGUGAUUGCGUUUGUGGAGAAUUGCUUCUAAAAUUUCAAAUAAUCUUUUUUACUGCGCGGUGUGCAUUCUGCCAAUGAUAUUAGUGGCUGGCAUUCCAGACAAAGCCUAACUUCUAUCACCACAGAGAUGAAGUAGAUGCCGAAAUCGUUGAAGGAUUGGUGGGUAGAGUUUCCUUCUUAAAAGAUGAUUCCCCAUUGAUUGCCCUGGUCAGUGGAUUUUAUUGGCCGCAGCUCAGGGGAAUCAGAGGUCAGCGGGGAGAAGGUCGUUUGUUUCUAGUGUUUUAGAGCGGUGAGAUGGAUGGUGAAAUGCAUAGUUGCUGUAUUAUUAUGGGCUUUAUCUGGAAAGGCUAGUUGAAUGUUUCCUUCCAAAAGCUUAUUAAUAGAACUAGGUACAGAAACGCAUCUUGAUACCAUAAUCUUCGGUUUUCUGAACUUCGAGUAGAACUCAUGCUUUCUGCCUUGAUCAUUUUAUUUUUUUUUAAUUUUUUAAACGACCAGAAGGUCUCCAUUUUUCUUCGUGGACUUAGUUUUUUUAACCCCUGAAUUCGGUCGUGAUCUCAGCUGCAAUACAAUGCCUCAAGAGGAAAAGGCUAUACGAGCAGCAGGUGGAGCAGCUCGGAAAUUUCCAGCUACGGAUCCACGACCAGGUAAACUAGUCCUUAGCCCCGCUGAUGUUGACUUCAUGGCUUCCCCUCUGUUGAACAACUGUGGGCCCCAACGCUGUAUGGCUUCAGAUGAUAAUGCUCGAGGGUGCGAAAGCUACAACAGAGACCGUCGACGCCUUGAGGACCGGCGCAGCCGCCAUGAAAGCCAUGCAGAAGGCAACGUGAGUUUCUCUCCACAUCAUGCGGGAAAUUUAUGGACCCAUUUCCUCUAUUUGGUUGCAGUGGAAUCAAUGAUGGUUUUAUUAAUGUCUUCUGAACUUGCAGGAACAUCGACGACGUCGACAAGACCAUGGACGAAAUCAAUGCGCAGACCGAGAACAUGAAGAUGAUUCAGGAAGCAUUAUCGGCGCCCAUCGGCUCAGCGGCAGACUUUGACGAGGUACAUACAUACAUACAUGCAUACAUACAUACAUACAUACAUAAAUACAUACAUACAUACAUACAUACAUACAUACAUACAUACAUACAUACAUGUUUCUUGGAAACAUAUAUAUAUAUGUAUGUAUACAGCGGCUGAUGACGCGGCCAAUCCUCCCUGUCUGCUGCACCAGGAUGAACUUGAGGCGGAGCUCGAAGAGCUGGAGGGAGCUGAAUUGGAGGACCAGCUUCUGCAGCCUGCUAAGACUGCGCCCGCUGCUCCCGUGCAUGUUCCGGUCGCCGCCGGCAGGCAGGCAGCGCGCCCGCAGAGGAACACAGCGGAGGACGACGAGCUCGCCGCCUUACAAGCCGAAAUGGCACUCUAG